AUAAUAAAAUAUCGAUCAGCUUAGUUUUCGGAAAAUCAUUUAGCUUCUGCGUAACAAUCAACAGUACAUAUUUGAUCAAGUAUACCUUUAAUAUCCAUCCGCGUUGUAUUAAAAGACCGCAAUAGACAGGGACAAAUGUAACAAACGAAGGCACACAGAGUUCCUGAGAACUAAACCCACAUUAUCAAGAUCAACUUCACCGACAAACAUUGUGAUACGAAGAAUAUGGAACCUAUCAUUGUUGACGUUAAAGUCACUGUAAAAAUGAAGCAGAAUUGCACAGAUGAUCAAAAUGUAAACAGCAUUGGCGUUCCACUUCCGUACCCAUAUGACAAUGCACCUCAGCGUAAAAUAUGUAUAAAUGCAGAUGGAAAUGAACAACUGUGUAAUCAGGAAAAACAGAACCAUAUCAUUUGCAACACAGUCAAACUUAUAAAAAAUGAAGGUAAACAGAACAUACUACCUUCCUAUCCGGGACUUGUUUUGGCUGUUGUAGGCGACUCGGACAGUUUUGUUCCCCGACCGUGGAACACAGCAAAAUUUACAUCGGGACUUAUAGAUACAGUAAAUGGUGCAAACAAAUGCUGGAUCAUCUAUCGGGGUGGAGAAGAUGGGGUCAGUUCUUACAUUGACAAAGCAUUUGAGAUGGGCGUGCACAGUACAGACAAAGACUUGAACACUGACAAAAAAGAAAUGCCCCUCAAAAACGAAAAGUUUAUCGCCAUCAAACCUGUACCAGAUAACUAUCAAGAAGUUUUUAAAGGAGACAUAGAAAAAGGGAAGCCACUUCCACGAUGGACAUUUCUGGUGCGGCCUUCCUUUGAUGCAAGUAAAGAUGAUUCAGAAGAUAUACAGAAAUAUAAAUGGUUUAACGAAUAUUCAGCCCAACUUCUUUCCUUACUGUCAACGAAAACAACGCCCCUCUUAUCAAAAAAAGAAGGAGACAAAGAAAGUACAGAACUGUCAAUGAAAGUUCCUGUUCUGUUGAUAGUAGUAGAAGGCGACAUAAGUACCAUACAUCAGGUUAAGUCCGUGUUAGAAGAGGACAUUCCUGUAUUACUUAUCAAGGGUUCUGGUAAGGCUGCUGAUUUCAUCGCAGAAUAUCUCCAGAGCAGCGAUACAGAACUGUUGCUAAAGAGAAAAGCUCCACUAUUGUUUGGAAUAUAUUUUAAAAAAGCGGUAUUCGAUCUUCUUCAGGAAAUAAUGAAACAAAUAACGAAAUAUAAUUACCUGAUUACUGUAUACGAUGUUGAUGACACCAAGGAACCUAAACUAGAAGAUGCUGUAGUUGAAGCAAUUAUCACAGGAUGGUCACUUCAAGAAAUAAACAAUCACAAACAAGAAAAUGGACAGCCAGGCGAAAGCAGACAGGAUCAGACUAUCACAUCGAAUGUUUUACAAGAGGGCAGCAAAUCAUCCGAGGAUCCUAGUAGUGGAAAUGGACAAGCACAGACGAACACAUCGAAUGCUGUAAAAGAAGACAGCAAAUCAUCUGGUUCGUGCGCGAGAGACUCAAAUAAUACAACUGUCAGUAAUGGCGGCAAAGUACCAUCGACAGGUUUGAUGGAACGUUACCAAAUAGCCUUAACACCAGGCUCUUUGUCCCUUUACUUUUAUAUUGCCUACCAGUAUAUACAGGAAAAGUACACGGAUGGAAAACAGGAACAACUGGAGUUACUCCUUUUGGAAGCAAUCGUAGCCGAUCGUGUCGAUUAUGUCUCAGCAAUGAUACAGAACGGCGUUAAGUUUAAUCCUGCUUUUCUGGAAAUUUUAUAUGAUGAGACUAUGAAAUGUCCAAGUUGUGAGGCUAAAGAUUGUCGAAAAAUUCACUCAAUUCAUUACCGUACAUGCAAAAAGACAUGCAAAAAGAUUUGGUGUACAUGUACAAACGAAUGUUCUUUUGAGAGACGUAAAUGUCAACGUAAUAAAAAAGCAAAGACAUCCCAUGAAUAUUCAGUGCAUGACAAGGACUACCAAUGUACCUGUGUAAGACACGACCGGGCUAAAAGACUAAAAUCGAAGGGCAAAGAUGGAAAAUGCGUUGAUGUCAGUAAGAAGGCACGAUAUCUUUGUCAGGAACUCUUGAAUCACGCAAAAGUAAAAAAAGAAAAACGUUCGUGCAAAGUAGAACCCGGAGAUUCAGAUAGCUCAGACAUUUAUCAUGAUUUACUGGCUUGGGCUAUAUUUGGAAACAAAACAAGGCUGGCUGGAGUAUUUUGGACAAAAUGUUCAAGUCCACUAUUAACAGCGAUUAUGGCGAGUAGUAUUCUUAAAAACAUGGCCGACAAAGUAGAAUCAGCAAAAGACAGAAAACUACACGAAGAACUAAUUCAGCACUCAAAAUUAUUUGAGGACAGAGUACUACGUAUGCAGAAUACAUUGUAUGAUGAAUGUGAAGACGAUUCGAUGUUGUUAAUGCAACAACCAGACAGAGUGUGGGGGAUAACUGUUUCACCUAUGGCAUGUGCAUAUGAAAACAACAUGAAAGAUGUAAUAGGACAUCCCUGCAUCCAGAGACGUCUUAAUAGAAUAUGGUACAACCACAACCCCCAUGACAAAUUAAAAACUGAUGCAACUGCGAAAGCAGCUAAACUGACAGACUUUGGAUGGAACUUGAUUUUUUAUAACGGAAAGAAAAAUGCCAUAGAGGCUUGGUUAUCGCCACUAAUGGUAUUUUUGUUCCACUACCUUUUUGUUAUGGCUGUCAUUGUUGGAUUCAGUGCCUUUAUUCUGACGGAUCUGAACAUAAUUGACAGUUACAAAGACAUAGGAGUGUACGAAUGGCUCCUGUAUGGCUGGUUGGUUGCCGAUAUUACAGAAGAGUAUUUGAUACCGCUGAUUAUUAGGAACCACUAUUGUACAGGACGAAAACAUGGCUAUUGGUUCAAAUUUCGCAGAGCUUUCUUCAAUAUUUGGAAUGUGUUAACCUGUGCGUCGUAUUUAAUUAUUGCUGCUGCAGUGUUUGUGAGAACUAUUAACUCGGCUGACUUUCACAGAAUGGCAUUAAGACUAUACAGUCUUGGUCUUUUCACGAUGUACAUGAGAUUUCUUCAGUGCAUGAUUAUCCAUAAUUAUUUUGGUCCUAAAAUAAUCAUGAUAGGCGAAAUGCUACUCGAAUUGAUGAAGUUUGUCUGGAUUUUAAUUAUUUUCAUGAUGUGUACAGGGGUUCUGUAUCAUGCAAAUAUGUACCCCAGUCAUUUCGACAUGUGGUCAUUGAAGGGUGUGCAAUUCUGGAGAAUCUGGAAAAUUAUAGCAUUACCAUACUGGCAGAUCUACGGAGAACUAUCUCUUGAGCAGCUUCAAGGUGAAAAUAAUGCUAAUGGGACAUGUACUUUUGUUGAGUCUGAGUGGGAGGAUAAUCCAGAUAUAGAAAGAUGUGUCGAAUACGACUGGGCACUUUUAAUCAUUGCAGCAUUUUACCUUCUUGUCACAAAUCUACUGUUGGUAAACCUGAUAAUUGCUUUGUUCAGUAACCAAUUUGAACAAGUGCAAGUCGACUCGGACAGACUGUGGAAAUUCUGGAGAUAUUCAAUCAUAACCAAGUUCAGCACAAGGCACCCAGUACCUUUCAACUUAUUGAUAUUCAUACCAUUAAAGAUCUAUAGACGUUGCACACAAAAGGAAGAAGGUAAAAAGAAGGUAUUAAUUAAAGAACAGGAGCUGCAUGCCGUCCGCUGCCUAUAUUAUCAGGCGACACAGAAAAAAUAGUAAAAAUGAUAGAACUUCAAAAUUGUACAUGCAUAUGCAGUCCAAACAUUGGUUACAGAAAUGUAUAUUGUUACCGAAAUGAAAUAGUACUGAUUGAAUUGAUUAUGUUACAAAAUUAUGUAAAUAGUAAAUUGAUGUUGCGGCCCAAGACGUACAUAAACACGACCAUAUUCUUUCAAUUUUACCAGAAAAUGUUAGAAGGGUCCUUUUUAAAACUACAUUUACUUAAUAGAGUUGACUUUUUGUUAAAUCAUUUAACGUCGGAUUAAAUCAAAAAAGAAAGGAGACACCAUUUGUUAUGAUGCCAGGACCUAUUUAUUAAUGUGUAAAUUAUUUUUAAAUUAUUCAGCUUGCGUUGGAGAGCAGGAAUUAAAACCGAAAUAGCCUAUGUUGUAAUUUAAUGAACAUAUGUAUAUUCGUAUUCUAAACAGUACUCCAUGUAUAAGUCUUACUGAGAAGAUAUAUCUGUCAAUAACGAUUGGUUUUUUUUCUUCUUCCAUGCACACACGUCAACAUGUGACACAUUAUGUUUGUGCUAAAUCAGUAUUAUAUUCAAAACUAUCUAAUUAUGUUGAUUUCUAUUACAGUUUAUUAACGUGUACAUUUCGUGUGCACCAGGCAUAUUUAAUUUAUUCAAUAGUAAUGAUCUCAAAAUGCACUAUAAAUUUAAAUGUCCGAAAUAUAUGUUUACACCUGAAACAUGUUAGAUUAUAACACAUGAACUGCGUUCGGAUUUCCAACGCAUUGUAUUUUUCUUUGGUUUACAAUUAUUGAUUUGUAACACUGUUAUUUUAUAUUUAGACUCGAUAUUAAAAGAAUUUGGACUUUACCAAUUCGUUUAUGUGUAUUGAAUAAGACUGCGGACUUCAAUGUGAAUGAACUGUGAUUUAGAUUCCAAUCCAUUAACUAAAACCCAGUAUCUCAUAUAUUGGUACCGAAACAUUUGAUGUUACAAGUACUUAUCUUGUAGUACAAUAACAGCCGACUACAUAUACAAAAGCUAGUUUAACACCAUCCCACAGACGGGAUCCCACUUGCGGCAAUUUUUAUCUGGAAACGUAUAAAUUCUUUCUUGAUAAACACAUUAAUCCUGUGAAUAACUUUAUUCCUAAAGGAUAUCAAUAGCACCGUAGUAAGAUCGUUGAAUAUUGUUUUUAUCUGUACUAACCAUGUUUUUGUUUUUGAUGAAUAAAUAUAUAUAGUAUGCA